UUUGCCCCAGGUUUUGGUGCCUCCAGGGGUGUCUGCAGGUCCCACAUCACCAGUCAGAGGGUUCCCAUGUCACACUGGUCAGACCACCACGAGUGCCUCCACCUACUUGAUCUGGAUCUGCAAUUCUCCACUCACAGCACUGCCACACAAAACAAGGAUUUCUGGUGAAUGAAAGACAGCACCCUGCAAGAGGUCUAAGGGAUUUCCAGUUACCGAAGCAGAGCUUAGACCAAACUGCUUCAAAAGGAUCUAAAACUCAUUUCUCUAUAACCUUUCCUUAGGGCUGUGAUUCUUUCGGGAUGUUUCUCUCCUUGAUCUUGGUUGAUGUUGAUUGGUAGAAAUUAUUGAAAAGCGAAAGAGGAGCCAUAUCAAAAGCAAGAACAUUAAAGAGAGUUUGAAUAUGACGACCAGCUCCAAUCUGUCAUCUCUUCUACUGACCAGUUCCACUGAAGGCAAGGACACAGUUCACAAAUGUAGUUUAGGCCCAGCCUUCAUAAUUUUUGAUGUCUUAAUGUUCAUUAUCUGUCUUUUGGGACUUGUGGGGAAUGGGAUUGUCACCAGGCUUCUUGGUUUCCAUAUUAAGAGGAACGCUUUCACAACCUACAUCCUGAAUCUCACAGUGGCUGACUUUGGAGUCCUCCUGGCCAUAUUCCCCAUUCCUGCAUACAAUAUUGUGAUUAUAUUUAGUGGGGAUAGCUCCUUGUAUAGAUGCUCAUUUGUCUCUUCUGUGGUACUGAAAUACCUCUUCCCAUCCAUGUACUGCACGGGUCAACUUCUUCUGACAGCCAUCAGCAUGGAUAGGUGUGUGUCUGUCCUCUUCCCCAUUUGGUAUCGGUUCCGCUGCCCAUCACACUUUUCCACCACCAUAUGUGUCCUCAUCUGGGUCCUCUGCUUUCUCCUUUGUGAAGUUAACUUCAUUCUCUACAUUCUACCUCAAGCUAAGCCUCAUAUCUCACUUUUCCUAUUUCUUGUAAUUGCCCUGCUUUGCCUCCCACUCAUGGCUGUCUCCAGCAUAAUUCUGUUCUUCAGAGCCUGCUUUAAAUCCCAACAAGAGAGGCAAGGAAAGCUCUUGACAGUCAUCUUACUUGUGCUGGUUUUUUUCCUGAUUUUUGCUUUUCCACUCCCUGUCAUUGACACAAUAAUGACAUUGUUUAAUAUUCAAAUUUCCUCACCAAUUAAAAUGACUGAUUUUAUUCUCCUCAAUGCCUGCCUAAACAGCAGUGUUAAGCCACUGAUUUAUUACCUUGUGGGGAGACACAGGAGGGGUCAGUCUAGGGAAAGUAUGAAGGUUAUACUCCAGAAGGUUUUCAAUGGUGUGGAAGACACUGUAGAACAAUUGGAACUCAGGGUUCAAACCCAGGUAUAAUGACUUCUCAAGAGCAGACAUCUUUAUGCUUUCUACUUGCAGCUGUAUUGGUGUUGAAUUGUUUAGAGGCUUGAAUCUAAUGUGCAAAACAAGCUUAUUAAAUGGAUGUAGGGUUGCCACAGAGUCUACGCAUAGCUAUUUUCUGGCCCUGCUUAGCCAAAAUCUGGUAGUGACAUGCAACAAGGCUAAUGUGCUUUACAUUGAUUGGCUUUGGAGGAUGACUGGACACUUCCUUUGGUUCCAUGAACAGUCACUAAAUUAUCAACUGGAACCAACAAAAUGGAACAUCUCACUUCUCUUGAAAGUUCUGCACUUCUGUCUAAUUCAUUUCCAAGCACAGGUCAGAGUUCUUCAUAAUGGUUAAAUCCUUUGAUAUCAGUGAUUUGGAAGCAACAAAUGAGACAAGGAUAUGGGAAUGCUCUUAAUAGGAUGCCUCAGCAAAUAUUUUGCAUUGGAUCCAGACUUACAAUUUCAAAAUCAAAUGGGUUUGUACAGUGGUACCUCGGCUCACGUACUUAAUCCAUUCCACGAUUCUGGUCACAACCCAAAUUGGUUGCCAGCCAAAUCAAAUUCCCCUGAAAGGUUCAAUGCAAAAAAGGUUAAUCCAUUCUGACCCCUACGAACAUGGUCGUGAGCCAAUUUUGUCAAGAGACAAGUCAAAUUUCCCCAUAAGGUUCAAUGUAAAUAAGGUUAAUCCUUUCUGUAAAUAU